AUGGCCGAUUUACGGUGGAGAAUUGGAGACGAGCACAUUGUUAAAAUUUGGGGCGAUAGGUGGUUGCCUCGGGGUCAUUCUUUUCUCCCCAUUUGUCCUCCUCUUCCUCAUGAUACUAUGGUAAGUUUUUUGUUAGAUUCAGCCCGUAAGUGCUGGGACUUGGGCAAGCUACAAACCCAUUUACUUGAUGUUGAUGUGGAUGUAAUUCGAAAAAUUCCUAUUAGCCCUUGCCUGCCUUCUGAUACAUUGAUUUGGCAUUAUACUCGUGAUGGGAGGUUUUCGGUUCGGUUGGCUUGCCAUUUACAAAUGAAUCUGUCCAGAAUUGGAUCAUAUCCGGAAUCAUCCAAUAGAGGGGAAGCCACACGGCGAUUUUGGAAAGGGGUUUGGCACUUAAAAAUUCCGCACAAGAUCAAGGGCUUUACAUGGAAGGCAUGCUUGAAUAUUAUCCCAACCCGGGACCAGUUAUGGCAACGCCGAGUGCCUAUUGAACUUGGGUGUGACUGUUGUGACGAAGCUGUAGAGACUUUAAUGCACUGUGUUAAGGAAUGUGACGUGGCGCAACAAGUAUGGGCUGCUAGUCCUUUGCCGUUCGUUACAGAUAUUAGGGUGGGGUAUAAUUUUUAUCAUUGGGUAGUUGAGGUUGCGAAACAAGUUGAUGAGGCAGGCUUGGGGUUGUUCUUUGCACUGUGUUGGGGCUUAUGGUUUGCUCGAAACCAAGCUAUAUUCAAUAAUGUUAAGCGGGUUGCCACGGUGAUUGUGCAGAGAGUGUGUGCUCAUUUACAAGAAUUCUGUCAACGACUUUUGGUGCUCUGGAGGCCAUUGAUUGUUCGGGAGGCUCAUGGUACAGUUCUUGCAGCCAUGUCGGAACGACUGCCGCAUUGGGUUGAUGCAGAUUGUGCUGAAGCUUUAGCCGCGGCAAGUGCGAUUGCGUUUGCUGCAGAACUGGGUCUGUAUCAUAUUCAGUUGGAGGGGGACUCUUUAUCCAUUAUAAAAGCUUUCCACUGUGAGGAUCAAGUGCUCUCCACGUUUGGCCAUAUUCUCCAAGGUGCUGUGUGUACAAGCCGUUGCUUCACCAGUUUUUGCUGCUCGCAUGUGUUGCGCAAUGGAAAUAAGGCUGCUCAUGGGCUGGCUCGUAUGGCGGGUCAUGUGACCGGUAAGAGAGUUUGGAGGAAUGAGGUGCCAGCUGAAUUAUGUAGGAUUAUUCGGGCCGAGUCUGUUUAG